CGAUCGCCCAUCGACCGGUGAUCUCUCAGUUGCAGUCGAGUAGAGCGAUGGGACAGCGACAGCGUGUUGUGGUGCAGUUGGCACUGUGUUUCCUCACUUUCGGGGCCCUGCUCCAGGCCGGGGUGCUGGCGGGCGAUAAUCCGUGUGCUGCCGGUCCACCUGUCGAUACGAACCCGGCCGAAUGUUGCCCCACGCCCAUGCUGGUGGACGGUACGAUCAUGAUGGACUGCUACAAGAAGUACGGCGAGCAGACGAAGAAACAGCUCCAGAUGGAUGGCAUUCCCAGGGGUUGUUGCAUUGCUGAGUGUGCGAUGAAUGCAACCAACAUGUACGCGGACGGUAUGCUGAAGCGGGACGAUCUGUCGAAGAUGUUCAUGGACGCGGUCAAGGACAAGCCGGAGUGGAUGUCGCUGGUGCGCGAUGCCACCAACGCGUGCUUCGAGCUGGCGGAAAAGAAGAUGGACGAGAUCGAGGCGGGCGCCAAGCUGGAACCGAGCUUCGAGGGCGAGAAGAUCUGCCAUCCCAUCUCCGGCACGAUUCUGCGCUGCAUGGGCAUGAUGAUGUUCGCCCAGUGUCCGGCGUCCGUUUUUAACGUGAACGAGAACUGCAACAAGCUGCGAGAGUAUGGCAGCAUCUGUCCAAUGAUUUAGAGCAGUGCACUGUACAUGUUUGUGUGUGAUUGGGGUCUUGGUUGUGAAAAACGGCAAAUGUUGCAUAGCUGGUGUAGCGAUAGGGGAAAAUGAAUCAUAAAUUAUGUGCAAACAACACGGAA